AUGAUCCUCGGCCCCGUCUCGCUCGUCGACUGUCUCGUCUUCUGCAUCUUCCUGGCCCCUCAGCUGAUAUGGCACGUCGGUCUCGUCCGCACGUGCCUGGUGGCCCUCCAGGCUUUGCCGUUCCUCGUGCUGCAGCUGCCCUUUCAACUCGUGCGCGACCGGCUGGCGAGGCCCAUGUCGCCCACUGCAUCGCUGCCGCACGAGUCCACCGUAUUUGAAGACGUUGUCGUGCGGUGCGUGCGCUAUGCCUUCCGGGCCAUCCCGACCAGCGUCAACAGGGUCUUCUUCUCCAAGGGCGUCGCGCUGCCAUUUCUGCGGUGGCGCAUGCUGAGGCAUGGCUAUCUUGACUGCCCCGUGCACUGGCACGAGCACAGAAGCCGAGAGGGCUUGUGGAUUAGACACAAGCCAGACCAGCCCCCGGACUUGGUCGUCUACUACGUUCACGGCGGCGGCUUUGCCCUGGGUUCUUGCUACUUCUACCUCGAGUUCCUUCUGGCCUGGCACUCGUUGCUGGUAGAUGCCGGAUUCCAGAACCCAGCCGUGUUUGCGCUCGACUACACCUUGGUUCCAGACGCGGGUUAUCCGACGCAGAUGCUGGAGACGUUACAAGGCUACAGGCAUGUCUUGGAGGUGGCCAAGGAUGCCUCCCGGGUCUGUGUUGCUGGGGACUCGGCCGGAGGCACCUUGAUCCUCAGUCUCCUGCUACAAUUGGGGAGUGAGACCCAGACCCUGCAGCAAAAGGGGGUUAGCACGGUCUCUGAACCGUCACCGCUGGCUCUCGCCGUGCCUCGUACGGCUGCACUAAUAUCACCGUGGGUGAAGCUCAAGUCCCAUCUCCACUACCCGUCCAUGGUAGACUACCUGAACCGACAAACCCUGUGGAAGUAUGCGCACGAGUAUGCCGGUGCAGCCAUGCUCAACCAGCAGCCGGCAUCGCCCGGAUCGUGCGUCGACGAGAAACUUUGGAGGGCGGCGAGUCCAGAACGGGGCUACGUGGUCGUGUUUGGCGAGCAAGAGGUGUUUGCCCCCGACAUCGGAGACUUUAUCAACCGUCGCGUGCGAAGUGGUAUCGAGACGAAGGCGUUGCGAUUCGACGGUGGGGUUCACGCGUGGCCCGUGGCAUCAUUGUUUUUGUCGAGCACGGCGGACCGAAGACUGCAGGGGCUGAGGUGGAUUGUGGGACAGAUCAGCAAGCUGAGUGACACCAAGAUGGCCGGCAAGGACGGGGGCAGUGCGGCGGCUCUCAGAUUAGAUCAAGUAGACAGUCAUGGACUGGCCAGGUAA